AUUUGAAUUUGAAGCUUGUAGGCCAAAAUAAAUACCAGGAAGUUGCCGAGGAACGCUUGAGACCUUCGGUUUGUGGAGCGGGUCGUCAGCAUGUCGUUUCCUAAGGCGCCUUUGAAACGAUUCAAUGACCCUUCUGGUUGUGCACCAUCUCCAGCUGCUUAUGAUGUUAAAACUUCAGAAGUAUUGAAAGGACCAGUAUUCUUUCAGAAAUCACAAAGGUUUAAAAAACAAAAUGAAUCUCAACAAAAUCUUACUGCUGAAAAAGAUACUACCUUGUCUGCUUCAGCAAGAAAAGUUAAGACUUUGGGAAUAAAGAAGGAAUCUCAAAAGAAUGAUAAAGAUUUGAAGAUACUGGAAAAAGAGAUUCGCAUCCUUGUGCAGGAACGUGGUGCUCAGGACAAGCGGAUCCAGGAUCUGGAAGCUGAGGUGGAGAAGAUGGAAGCAAAGCUAAGUGCAGCAGUCAGGGAAAAAACAUCUGUCUUUGCAAGUAAUGCUGCUCUGGAAAAACAGGUUGCUGAAUUAUCCAGGGCUAAUGAGCUACUAAAAUCUAAGUUUUCUGAAGACGGUAACCAGAAGAAUAUGAGAAUUCUAAGCCUUGAGUUGAUGAAACUUAGAAACAAAAGAGAAACUAAGAUGAGGAGUAUGAUGGCUAAACAACAAGGCAUGGAGGUGAAACUGCAGGUCACCCAGAAGAAUCUCGAAGAGUCUCAGGGGAAAAUAGCACAACUUGAGGGGAAACUUGUUUCAAUAGAGAAAGAAAAGAUUGAUGAAAAGUCUGAAACAGAAAAACUCUUAGAAUACAUCGAAGAAAUAAGUUGUACAGCAGAUCAAGUGGAAAAAUACAAGCUAGAUAUUGUCCAGUUAGAAGAAAAUUUGAAAGAGAAGGAUCAUGAAGUUUUAAACCUUAAGCAGUCUCUUGAGGAAAAUGUUGUUAUGUUAUCUAAACAAGUAGAAGACCUGAAUGCUAAAUGUCAGCUGCUUGAAAAGGAAAAAGAAGACCUCAUCGACAGGGGUAGAGAACGGGAUGAAAAUCUAAAUUCUGAAAUACAAAACAUAAAACAGAAGUUUAUUCUUGAAAAACAAGAACACGAAGAGCUACAACAAAAAGAGCUGCAAAUUGAUUUACUUCUGCAACAAGAAAAGGAACUAUCUUCUAGCCUUCAGCAGAAGCUAUGUUCUUUUCAAGAGGAAAUGAUUAAAGAGAAGAAUCUCUUUGAGGAAGAAUUAAAGCAAGCUCUGGAUGAGCUAGAUAAAUUACACCAAAAGGAGGAGCAAACUGAAAAUCUGGUCAAGCAACUGGAAGAGGAAACAAAAGCUAGGGCUGAAGAACUGAAACUUCUAGAAGGAAAACUGAAAGGGAAAGAAGCUGAACUCCAGAAAAGUAAUGCUGCUCACACGCAGGCCACCCUGCUUUUGCAGGAAAGGUAUAAUAGUACCGUGCAGAAUCUUGGAGAUGUUACUGCUCAAUUUGAAAGCUAUAAAGCAUUAACAGCCAGCGAAAUAGAAGAUCUUAAGCGGGAGAACUUUACACUUAAGGAAAAAGUGGCCAAGGCUGAGAAAAGUAUAGAGGAUGUUCAACAUCAGAUACUGGCAACUGAGAACUCAAAUCAAGAAUACGCAAGGAUGAUUCUAGAUCUGCAGACCAAAUCAGCACUUAAGGAAGCAGAAAUUAAAGAAAUCACAGUUUCCUCUCUUAAAAAAAUAACUGAUUUGGAGAACCAACUCAAGCAGCAAGGUGAAGACUUUAAGAAACAACUGGAAGAGGAAGAAGCAAGAAAAGCUGGAAAAGAAAACUCAGUGGCAGACUUAACGGAGGAAAUGAACAAGUGGCAACUCCUUUAUGAAGAACUAUAUAAUAAAACAAAACCUUUUCAGCUACAACUGGAUGCAUUUGAAGCAGAGAAACAAGUGUUGUUGAAUGAACAUGGUGCAGCUCAGGAACAGCUAAAUAAACUAAGAGAUUCGUAUGCUAAAUUAUUGGGUCAUCAGAAUCUAAAGCAAAAAAUCAAGCAUGUUGUGAAAUUGAAAGAUGAAAACAGCCAACUCAAAUCGGAGGUGUCAAAACUCCGCUCUCAGCUUUCUAAAAAUAAACAAAGCAAGAGAAAACUUCAGGAGGAAUUGAAUAAAGUGCUGGGUAUCAAGCACUUUGAUCCUUCAAAGGCUUUUCUUCAUGAAAGUAAAGAAAAUUUUGCUCCCAAAACUCCAUUAAAAGAAGGCAAUACAAACUACUGUUGAGCUCCUGUGGAGUUUCAAGAAUCAUGCAAGUAAACAUCUGAAAAACCUGUUGAAGAUUCUUUUAUUCUUAUUAUUUUUAUUGUUGUUGUUGCUGUUACUAUCAUUAUGUUUGUAAUGAAUAUUUUUUUAAUGUAUUUAAUACGAACUUCCUAUCCUUAGGUAUCCGAAAGGAAGUUCAACAUUUUUAUCAAUGUCUUCUGACAUUUUAUUUUCUGUUGUCAGUACCUCCUCCUCAAUGCUCAUUUUUACUCACCUCAUUCUAAACCUUUACCUGGCUUUCCAGCUUUAGAACUCAUCCCAUCAAUUCAACAUUCGUUUUAAAGUCGCUCUCAUAUUAUUGCCCCCCUAUUCUGAAACCUUAGAUGGUUUCAAGAUUCUAAUCCGCAGGUUUUGUAGGUUGAUACUGAAGGGGUUUCCUAACCUGAACCUGUUAAGCUAGGAUAAAACACCGUGGCUUGUUCUUUCCUCUACUUUGAUUCUCCUAAUAAGGUUCAUUCUGUCCUCCCCAUCAUCCAUUUUUCCAGUUCAAGUAAGAAGGGCACACUUAAUUCCAUAGGAAUCUCUUUAUCUCAUAUCAGAGUCACUGGGUUGGUCAAUAAUUUGCAGAUUCCUAGACUCCAUCCCAGUCCUACGAAAUUAAAAUCUGGGGUUUGUCAUGAAAAAUCUGCCUUUUAAGCAAAUUACUCAGUUAAUUCUUAGAUACACUGAAAAUCUGAGAAACUCUGCUCUUAACCUCUUUAGAGAAUUUUUCUUAUACUCCUUGGCAUAGGCCUGACAACUGGGUAUUUGAUUAGUAUUUGUGUAAUACGAAAUAAAAACCACACAUUAAGUCAUUAACCCAAUUAUUCAACUUGUUUUAUGUGAAGUUGCAUUAAUGCUAUUUAAGAUGUAUUUAUUGUCUCUGCCCUCCUCUCCUCACCUUGUCCCUAGAAUUACAAAUGGUGGUAUACUAUUUAAGAAUGGUGAUUCUCUAUCCAAAAUGUCUGAUUUAAAAAGCAUAUUAUAAGCCACCUUUUUAAUAAUAUUUUUUCAUUGAUGGACUAACAGAGACUAUUAGAAUAGAUUUUCAUAAUAAAUUAUUUUGGAUCUUAAUACAUAGUUGAAUUUUUAAAUAUUUGAAUUAAGUUCAGAGGGAACGUAGGAAUUAGGAAACUUGUCUAAUAAAAAGAAAUAGUUCAAGACUUCUCCCUUUAGCCAAGAUGGAGUAACAGGGAUUGGACUUAUUACUCCUCCCCCUACCCUACACACACAAAACACACACGCACACACACGCACGUACGCGUAUGUGCAAAUACACCUAAAACUAUCAAAAAACUAGACAAGAUAUACAAAAGAAUGAUUUUCAAGAUGUUAGACGUAAGACAACAAAAGACAGAAAUCCCUGAGAGAUGGGAAAAAUCAAGGUGAGCCCUGCCUUUGAUCCCUAUUCACAGCCUUGAGAGAAUUUCCAAACAAUGAGGUAGUGAAGGGGAACCCAGGCAGAGUCCACCCAACUACCUGAGUUGAAAAAACAGAGCUGAGGUCUGGGGAGUCCGAAGUAGCUAGCAUUCGCAGGACAGAGUACUAGAAAGGAAAAACUUGUACACACAGAGGUCCCUGGAGAUCUACAAAGGGUCUCUCAAGUAUUUACUACUCAUGCAGGUGAGGAAACUACCUGACGCCUGGGAAAGAACCACCCCCAAAAAUUUAGAAAUGACAAUGCUCGAAGCUCAGACAAGGCUAGAAAUACUGCCUGUUCCCUCCAGCCAAGUCAUGAUUUAUUGAGUAGGAUAUCCAGAAAGGGUUAGCCUCAGUAUUGGGAAAUACAGGCAUACCUCGAUUUGCUGCACUUCACUUUAUUGCACUUUGCAGAUAUUGCUUUUUUUAUAAAUUGAAGGUUUGUGGCAACCCCAUGUCAAACAAGUCUAUUGGCACC